UUCGCACAGUGUAUCCUUGUCUGCGCAUGUGUCUCUGAUUCCAAAUUGAAGACUCUGGCGAUGCCCUGCCAGUAUUCAAGGAGGCGUUCCAUGCGGAUACGGUGAAAACCCUUGUGUCAAGCAGAUAAGCAUGAUGGAAACAGUCAUCAUCCGAAUAAUCCGGCCAAUUCUUAGACGCCACUCUGCAAGUAGAUACUGGUCUAUACUGGUUAUCGGUAAUCAGGUGAGUUUCCUGUUUCCCGGCAUGCUGAAUUGUGGCCGUGUCAGGAAAGCUAGUAUGCCGGAGUACGCGUCGAGCUCUGACAUCGCGUCAUCAGGCCGAUCGCCAGACGCGACGCGUCACAAUCCGGGCUCAUUUACUCAAUUCAAGCCGGCCGGAACGCGACAUAUAAUGCAGCGACGAUCCGGUUGACACCUAUUUAUUCCCCUCUGCUCUACGAUUCUACUGCACCCACGGCACCGCUACUAUGCGUUUCACCACGCUCGACUUCAUCAUCGCUCAAUGGUCGCCCCAGCACCCCGUUGUUAAAGCCGACCUGGCGGGGAAGACCGUCGUCGUCAUCGGCGCCAACACCGGUCUGGGUUUCGAGGCCUCGAAGCACUUCGCGCAGAUGAAUCCUGGCCGGCUGAUCCUUGGGUGCCGCAGCGAGCGCAAGGGGAAAGACGCCGUGGAGAAGAUUAAAAAUGAGACGGGGAUCUCAGCGGAGUUAUGGCUGAUCGACCUCGCCGACUUCGCCUCCGUCUCUGCGUUCGCUGACCGGUUCGAGCGGGAGGGUGGACGGCUGGAUAUCUUGGUCGAGAACGCAGGUGUUGCGACGGACAAGUACGAAGUCAGCAAGGAUGGCUGGGAAACAUCGAUGCAGGUCAACGACCUCUCAACACCUCUUCUCGCGCUGCGUCUACUUCCCCUGAUGGUCAAGACUGCUAAAGAGCAUCAAACAACGCCUCGCCUGGUCAUCGUCGCUAGCGAGGUGCACCACUGGACAGAAAUAUCCAAGGAAGUUGCUGAGGACCCGUCCCCGCUUUCGGUCUUGGGCAGUGCCGAGUUUUGCUCAGACCCUAAACAGAUGACGGACCGAUAUUAUCUGACGAAGCUCCUCAACGUGUUCUUCGUGCGCGCCUUCAACGACCGCCUUCCUCCCUCCACCCCCGUAGUCAUUGACGCCGUCAAUCCCGGAUUCUGCCGCAGCGAAUUGAACCGCGAAGCAGUAGGACUCGCAGGAAUCCUGUUCGCCAUCAUGCAGCUCCUCCUCGCGCAUACGACCGAGGAGGGCAGCAGGCAGCUGAUUUAUGCCGCUCUCGCCGAAGGAACUGGUGAGAAGUUGCGUGGACAGUUCGUCACGAAUUACGGUGUCUCGGAAGUCAGCGACUUUGUCCUCACCCCAAUGGGUGUCAAGCUCCAGGACAGACUUUGGGACGACUUGAUUGACAUCCUCCAGAAGGUGGAUCCAAAAGUGGGGGACGUCGUAAAUUCCUACCUAUCGUCUUAUAGUUCGACUUAGUUUAAUCAAUUGUAAGAUGCAUUUGCAACCCCGCACAAUGGGCAGUUGUCGCCGUG